ACUGUGCUACAGGGAGAAGACAAAAGGAAAAGAUUGGUGAAGAACAAUUAAAAGUCAUGGAACCUCGUCAGUUAACAGCACUUAUUGUUGAGGAUGACAUGGUGAUUCGAAUGGUUCAUCAAAAGAUUCUGAACAGUGUUGGAUUGAAAAUUCAAGUCGCGGAAAACGGAAAAGAAGCUAUAGAAAUUCAUGGCUCCGGACAAAGUUUUGACCUAAUUCUCAUGGAUAGGGAUAUGCCCGUGAUGAAUGGCAUUGAGGCCACAAAGACACUUCGAUCAAUGGGGAUUAAUAGCAUGAUUACUGGUGUAUCAACACGCUCAGUGGCAGCGCAUAUACGAGAAUUUAUGGAAGCAGGACUAGAUGACUACGUAGAGAAGCCUUGAAUUAAGGAUAAGCGGAUAGGUUAGGUUUAAUCAAAUUUGUGAUCCAUCAAAUUUGAAUGAGUUAAUUUAGGUAGAUUUUUUAAGAAAAAAUAAAACUCAAUCCAAAUCAAAUUAU